CAUUUGAGCUCCACCUUCAGAAUCUAAAAGUGAUCAGCGAGUAACCUCAGAAAAUCCAAAGCUUUCAAGAUGGUUCUGAUGCUCUGCUGCAGUUUCGAUCCCUUCUACGUGGGACCCUGCCCACCCGGCUGCCUGGCUCCCCUGAUGGGGGGCACUCCCUACUGUGGUUGCGGUCCCUGUGGUGGCUGCUGCAGUCCUUGCUGUGGUCCCUGUGGUGGUUGCAGCUCGUGUCCUUGCGGCUGGUGA